AUGGCCACUACUCAGUCUGCUAUCUCCAAGAGGAGAAAGUUCGUUGCUGACGGUGUUUUCUACGCCGAGCUGAACGAGUUCUUCCAGCGCGAGCUUGCUGAGGAGGGUUACUCCGGCGUCGAGGUCCGCGUUACGCCCACCGUCACCGACAUCAUCAUCCGCGCCACCCACACACAGGAGGUCCUCGGAGAGCAGGGUCGCCGCAUUCGUGAGCUCACCUCGCUCAUCCAGAAGCGCUUCAAGUUCCCCGAGAACUCCGUUUCUCUGUACGCCGCUAAGGUCCAGAACCGUGGUCUGUCCGCCGUCGCUCAGUGCGAGUCCCUCCGUUACAAGCUCCUCAACGGUCUUGCCGUCCGAAGGGCCUGCUAUGGUGUCCUCCGUUUCAUCAUGGAGUCUGGCGCCAAGGGUUGCGAGGUUGUCGUCUCCGGAAAGCUCAGGGCCGCCCGUGCCAAGAGCAUGAAGUUCACUGACGGUUUCAUGAUCCACUCUGGUCAGCCCGCCAAGGACUUCAUCGACGAGGCCACCCGCCACGUCCUGCUCCGCCAGGGUGUGCUCGGUAUCAAGGUCAAGAUCAUGCGUGGAUCUGACCCCGAGGGCAAGGCCGGCCCCUCCAAGACCCUCCCCGACUCCGUCACCGUCAUCGAGCCCAAGGAGGAGCAGCCCGUUGUCCAGCCCAUGUCCCAGGACUACGGCGCCAAGGCCAUCGCCGCCCAGCAGGCAGCAGACCAGGCCAGGCAGGCCGAGCAGCAGCAGGGUGAGGGCGAGGCCGCACCUGCGACUGAGGAGCAGUAG